AAAUUUUAAACUAAUGUUUGUGUUUAUAUAUUUAUUAAUUAUAUUAAUAGUUGUUAAUAUAUUUGAAAAAUGAGUGUGUUCAAUGAUUGGCGACCAUUUAUUUAUGGGGGUCUUGCAUCGAUUGUGGCUGAAUUUGGUACAUUUCCAAUUGAUACUGCAAAGACACGACUGCAAGUACAAGGACAAAAGUUUGAUGGAAGACAUACCACAUUAAAGUAUCGUGGAAUGACCGACGUUUGGAUGCAAAUUAUCCGAAACGAAGGUCUUCCAGCUUUAUAUUGUGGUAUUCGGCCAGCAGUAUUAAGACAAGCUACAUAUGGAACAAUUAAAUUUGGUUUAUAUUACUCAAUAAAAAAAGUAUUAGUUGAUCAAAACCAGGAAAAUUUAUGGAAUAAUGUACUAUGUGCUGUAAUUGCGGGUGCCGUAUCUGCAUCUGCAGCAAAUCCGACUGAUGUACUCAAAGUGCGCUUGCAAAUACAUGGAAAUCAGGGUAAUAGUGGUAGUUUAGUGAAAAAUUUCUUUAAUAUAUAUCAACGGGAAGGGGUUGUAGGAUUAUGGAGGGGUGUCGGCCCAACUUCUCAACGUGCAGCAGUUAUUGCGGCGGUGGAAUUACCUGUCUAUGACUUCUGUAAAUAUUAUUUAAUGCCAACGUUUGGAAAUAAUUUUACAAAUCAUUUAAUUUCUAGUUCUGUUGCUAGUCUUGGAAGUGCAGUAGCUUCUACUCCUUUGGACGUAAUUCGGACUCGAAUGAUGAAUCAAAAGAAAUUGCGAAUAGUUAGCGCAGUUGAAACAACUCAAAAUAAUAUAUACGUGUACAAAGGUACCGUAGAUUGUUUUCUAAAAACAUAUAAAUAUGAAGGAUUUUUAGCACUCUAUAAAGGUUUUCUGCCUACAUGGUUACGUAUGGGACCAUGGAAUAUUAUAUUUUUUAUUACUUAUGAACAUCUUAAAAAAUUUUACUAGAAAGUAUUCAUAUAGAUAGAUGGCAUUUAAUUAUUUAUGUUGACUGUUGAUAAGCGUACAAAGCUAAUUUAUUUUUAAUUUAUUUUUUAAAACAAUUUUGUUUUUGUGAUUUUUAUUUAUUGUAUUUUUGUUAAUUGUUGUGUAACAAUUAAGCUUAAUUAAAUAGUAUAUGGAAUAAUAUAGCUAGUUCUAGUAGGAUUUGCCUCAUAUUUGUUGAAGGCAAACCAAGCAUAGCGCCAGAGGUAGCAACGGUUGCAAGUUUAUCAACUUCACAUUAUUAAAAACAAUUACCGUUUAUUAAAAAAUAAAUGCAAAAAUAUUACAUAAGUGAUAGAACUUUUGUGUAAAAAUGCAUAACAUUCAGGCGUUAUAAUUAAAAUUUAAUAUAUAAACUAUGAAUAAAAAAUAUUAUUUAAUUGAAAUAAUGGUCUAUAGUAUGAAGUUAUAAAUAUUUCGGCGCAGUGGCGCUGUAUUUUGGUUCUACAAGCGAAUGCAGUACAAUCUUACGUCAGACCUGCUUUCUUUUGCUUCGUCAAUGUAAAGAUUUUCGUUGAAAUGACGAAAAUGCUCAUAGACAAUAUAUUUAGAUAAUAUUAUGUAUAACGUCAAUAUCUAUAAGCGUUUUUGUCAUUUCUAUGAAAUUUCGUAAUUUCUUUUUUAUUUCGUCCUAAAAUGUUGCUUUUUUGUUGUUUGGAACAUUCAAACUAAAAAAGAAAUAAAUGAAGAUUACGGAAUAUUUUUACAUAUCCAUACGCACGUUUAACAUCCGUAGCACUCAAGCGCAGAGCGCUAAUUGACGUCUAUGGGUGUUAUUUAUUGCUGCAAUCAAUAGUUGAAUGGAAAUGAUUGAUAAUGUUAUAAAGUAGUCACUUGAAUAUUACCAAGCAAAAUACAGAGCACAGAGGCCUGAAUCGGAUAGAGCCAGUAGCGACUUCUAAAAUGUUAAAGAAUUAAACUUUUUCAAGUCCUUAUAAAACGAUAUAUAUAAACCAAAGUGUGAAUAUUUGCAAAAUAUUAUAAAGUUAGAGAGUAACUGU